AAGAAGCAAACGAAACUGGACUUCAAGAAUUUCCCAGUAGCCCAAAAGAAAAACCUGUACACAGGAUGAUCCGGGGAGAGAGCGCACCAAAUGAAAAGAAGUUUUAAUGUCAGUUUGCUUCACAUGGAAGGCUGGCCAGCCAAACAGGCUAAGCUGAGUAAAGGCGAUGAGGACUUGCCCAAGAUCCUAAUAUGAAGACAGACGCUACCAAGGACCCUUAUGUCACGUCAGCCAGAACCAAUCACUCUGACAAGGCAGCCACACCCAAGACCCCUGAUAACAAGGCGGCCACACCCAAUACCCCUGACCUCAACGUGGCCACAAGCAAGACCCCUGAUGUCAAGGCAGCCACAACCAACAUCCUUGGUGUCAAAGCAGCCACAACCAAGACCCCUGAUGUCAAGGUGGCUAUGACCAAGACCCCUGAUCUCAAAGCGGCCACAACCAAGACCCCUAAUGACAAGGUGGCCACACCUAAGACCCCUGAUGACAAGGCGGCCACAACCAACAUCCCUGGUGUCAAGGCAGCCACAACCAAGACCCCUAAUGUUGAGAUGGGUACAACCAAGACCCCUGAUGUUAAAGUGGCCACAGCCAACAUCUCUGGUGUCAAAGUGGCCACAACUUAGACCCCUGAUGACAAAGUGGCCACAAACAAGACCCCUGAUGUCAGAGCUGCCACAAUCCACCUCCCUGAUGACAAGGCGGCCAUACCCAAGAAUCCUGAUGUCAAGGCCCAAGCUACCACAAGCACCAACAUCUCAAUGACGGAAUCUGAUUGCGAGGUAACUUUUGUCGGGAGUAUGACUGGCAGCGCCCCUAAGAAUAGCCGUUUCCUGCUUGCAGAACAAGACAUUAAAAUAAUCACAUCUGGAGAGUGGCUCACUGAUCACAUUGUAGGAGCAGCUCAUUCUGUACUCUGAAGUCAUUUUCCUCACACCAACGGAUCGGAAAAUACAACAUUGGGACCAAUUUACAAUUUUUCUGUACAAAAGGGUGAAUUUGCUCAAA